CUUCGACACAAGCGUGACUUCAGAGAAACAAACGCAUCGAUUCCAAGUACGUCAACAUCGCGAAAUUACCACCCCGAGCUUGUGAGUAGGACUACCAGACGAGAGCGCCCAACCACGACCAACAACAUUGACGAGUAUACAAAUAGUGGAGAAUCGCAGCAUGCGAC